AUGAGAUCAUUGCUUUCUGCAAAUCCGAGACUGCCUCGUCCGUCUUUCGAGAAAGAUGAUGAAGCACUAGAGUCAAUCCUCGACGGUGGGGACUACAAAGGCGAUAAAGUGGUUGAGAAUGGACCGACACGGCUCCAGAUAGCGUCUCGACAGGUAUUUCCGAGGAGCCUGCCGAAGUUUUAUGGAGCAGCAGAAGAGUGGCCGAUCUUUAUCAGCGCCUACGAGCAGGCAAACCAGUCCUGUGGAUUCACCAACGCAGAGAAUUUGGUCCGUCUACAGGAUGCUCUGAAGGGGAAAGCAUUGGAUACGGUUCGAAAUCGUCUACUUUUGCCGGAGAACGUGCCGUUGAUCAUCGAGAAGCUGAGGAAGAGAUUCGGGAAUCCGGAGAUCCUGUCAACCAGAUUGGCGACAAAGAUCCAGCAGCUAGAGGGACCAAGCUCGGAGAGUUUGGAGUCGGUGAUCGAGUUCGGAAGUGCCGUCGAAGAGUUUACUCAGCAUCUCAAAGCGGCCGGGCUGGUGGACCACUUGAAGAACCCAAUUUUGAUGCAGAGUCUAGUUCAGAAGCUGCCGUCAUACUAUGCCAUGGAGUGGGUGGACUACAAGCGACGCGCACAGUCAGUCGACUUGGAAACAUUCGGUGCAUUCAUGGAAGGUCUCGUAGAGAAGGCGUUGGAAGCAACCUUCGAGAAGGCAGAUGCAAAGGAGAAGGGUAAGAUGCGAAAUAGACCACAAACGAAGGCUUUCGUUCACGUCACGGAUGGAGAUAGCGGCCGGUCUGGGAGUGUGAUGUCAGCUGGAAAGAAUUCGUCACCCCAACCCCAGCGCCGAGAGUUGAAGUGUUCCGUGUGCCAAAAGUCUGGGCAUUACGGAAGGAACUGCCAGGAAUUGCUCAAACAGAGUGUUGCAGAGCGGUGGAAAACGGUGACUCGGUUGAACCUCUGUCCACUCUGCCUUUACGACCAUGGACAACGAUCAUGUCGUAUAAGAGUUCGUUGCAAGGUAGAUGGCUGUCCGGAAAACCACAAUGCCCUUCUUCAUGGUGGACCAGCCGGAUACUCGCGAACUCAGGUGCAGUGUAAUAGUCAUCGUCAGUCGAAAUGUGCAGUUCUGUUUAGGAUGGUUCCAGUGACGCUAUACAACGGCAAGAAAAGAGUAGAUACUCUAGCACUCAUCGAUGAAGGAUCUUCGGUUACCAUGGUGGACAGUGAAUUGGUGAGAACGUUGGGUGCCGAUGGACCAGUGGAACCACUGCAGAUGACUUGGACAAACGGCGUACAGCGCACGGAGUAUCAGUCGAAGAAAGUGGUGCUUGAGAUAUCUGCCAGAGACUCGUCGAGUAGAUACGAUCUGCUGGAAGCUCAUACGGUGCACAGGUUAAACCUCCCUGCACAGAAGCUGGAUUCAGCGAAGUUGGUCCAGGAGUUUAAGCACCUUGAAGACAUCGACAUUCCCAGUUACGAGAGAACUACACCGAAGGUGCUGCUGGGGAUCGAUAAUCUUCACUUGAUCGCCCCGCUGGACUCACGAAUCGGAGAAUCUGGUAAACCAGUUGCCAUUUUGUGCAAGCUCGGCUGGACGGCUUAUGGUCCACAACCAAACGUCGUAGGAAAGGUGCAUUUUCUGGGACACCAUCGGUGCUCGUGUGAGGAGUGCAGCAAAGCGGAUAAGGAUCUGGACGAGGCGAUGAAGAAACAUUAUCAACUUGAAGACGUCGGAGUGUCACCUAUUCGUUUAGAAUCGAAGGAAGAUCGUAGAGCACGCGAGAUUUUGGAGAAGACCACUCGAAGAGUGGGUAGCAGGUUCGAGACAGGAUUACUCUGGAAAGAAGAUGAUGUUCGAUUUCCGGAGAGUUUAGACAUGGCCAUGAAGCGGUUGCGAUGUUUGGAGGCUCGGAUGAACCGGAAUCCUGGAGUGCAGGAAUGUUUGCAGAAGCAGUUGGAAGAAUAUCUUGCCAAAGGCUACGCGCAUCGUAUCACCGAGCAGGAGUUAAAGGAGACGCCGAAGAGUAAAGCUUGGUACCUACCGCUGAACUACGUGGUACAUCCGAAGAAACCUGGCAAGGUGCGGUUGGUCUGGGAUGCGGCAGCGAGGGCUCAUGGAGUGUCGCUUAACGAUAAGCUGUUGAAGGGUCCAGACAUGAUAACGUUGCUACCAGCUGUUAUAAGUGGAUUCCGCGAGAGAAACGUGGCGUUUGGAGGUGACAUUAGGGAAAUGUUUCAUCAAGCAUGGGUUCGUGCAGAAGACCGUCAGGCACAACGGUUCAUAUUCGUGGGUCCGAACGGAGCGGUGGAAACGUACGUGAUGGAUGUGGUUAUCUUUGGCUCGACCUGUUCGCCUUGCUCCGCACAGUACGUGAAAAACUUGAACGCGCGGGAACAUGCCGAGCAGUAUCCGGAGGCUGCCGAAGCUAUCGUUCGAAAGCACUAUGUCGACGACUAUUUCGACAGUGCCGAUACAGUAGAGGAAGCGGUGAGACUAGCGAUGGAUGUGCGACGUGUACACGCCAACGGUGGGUUCGAGAUUCGGAACUGGGUUUCCAACUCACAGGAAGUGUUACGUCAGCUCGGAGAGGAGAAGUCUGUGGUGAAACCACUAGAAGUAGACAAGCAUUGCGCUACGGAGAGAGUCCUGGGAGUGCUGUGGGACCCGGAAGGUGAUCACUUCGUUUUCUCAACGGAGAUUCGCCAAGACCUUCAGCCCUACAUUCGGGAAGGUGCUUGGCCAACAAAGAGGAUUGUGUUGCGGUGCAUUGCCAGCAUGUUCGAUCCGAAGCAGUUCCUGGCUCCGCUGUUGAUACACGGACGGAUCAUAAUGCAGGAUUUAUGGCGUAGCGGCAUAGGUUGGGACGAGAAGCUCACGGAAGCUCACUACAAGCGGUGGGUGCAGUGGACACAGCUAUUCCAUCUAAUCGAUGAGAUUCGUGUUCCACGGUGUUACCUCGGUGGAUUGGACUCGAAGGUCUAUGAAACGGUGCAGUUACACGUUUUCACUGACGCUGGAGAUGCGGCAUAUGGAUGCGUGGCCUACUUCAGGUUCGAGGACGGCGAAGUCGUUCACUGCGCAUUCAUCGAGGCCAAAGCAAAGGUGGCGCCAUUACAGUACCUGUCUACACCACGGUUGGAGCUAGAAGCGGCUGUUCUCGGUGCGCGAUUAACAAAGUCGAUCUGCGAUGCCCAUUCCUUUCCGGUAGCGAAGCGGUUCCUGUGGUGUGACUCGGAUACGGUAGUAUCAUGGGUGAAAUCGGACCAACGAAGGUAUAAGCCGUUCGUUGCCUAUCGUAUUGGCGAGAUCCUCAGCAUCACGAAUCCAGAAGAUUGGCGUUGGGUAGGAACGAAGGACAAUCCAGCGGACGAUUUGACGAAGUGGGGCAAAGGAACGGAGAUCAAGUCGGGAAGCCGAUGGUUCCAUGGACCGGAUUUUCUGUAUCACGGAGUGGAAGAAUGGCCGAAGCAAAAGCGUCCAAAGGUGGAAGUUGCUGAAGAGCUCCGGGCGAGCGUGCUGCUGCAUCACAUCGUGUUACCCGAGGGGUUUACGGAGAGGUUACAGCAUAUUUCGCGUUGGACAGUAAUGGUGCGGACCCUAGCAACAGUGUUCCGAUUCGCGUCCAACUGCCGGCGACGCGUCAAGAAGCUGCCGAUCGAAGCCGUUAGGAAAGGUGUCAAGCAAGGAUCAACGUUCCCCGCCGUGGAUGUGCCGUUGCGACAGGAGGAGUACCAAGCUGCAGAAACAGUUUUGUGGAAGGUAAUUCAGGCAGACGAGUUUGCCGACGAAGUGAGGACCCUGGUGAAGAACAAGGAUUCGACAGUACAUGAAAUGUCACUAGAGAGGUCGAGUAAGCUGUAUCGUCUUGCGCCGUUCCUGGAUGAGGAUGGUGUCGUGCGGAUGGAAGGUCGUACAGAAGCGGCGGAAUAUGCGGCAUUUGAUGCGAGGUUUCCGAUCAUUCUGCCGAAGGACCACGUGGUGACUCGAAGGUUAUUAGAACACUACCAUCGGCAGUAUGGGCACAGCAGCAGAGAAACCGUUGUAAACGAAGUUCGGCAGCGAUUCUACAUUCCGUGUCUCCGAGCGCUAGUAGAUCAAGUGAUGCGAGCCUGUGUGUGGUGCAAGAUUCAAAAGGCGAAGCCAAUUGUUCCGAGAAUGGCACCCUUACCAGGGCAGCGUUUGGCGGCGAGGGUCGAUCCGUUUUCGUACGUCGGCAUAGACUAUUUUGGUCCACUGGAAGUGUCUAUUGGCCGAAGGAAGGAAAAGCGAUGGGUGGCACUUUUCACGUGCCUAACUGUGCGAGCGGUACAUUUGGAGGUGGCGUACAACUUGACGACUGAGUCGUGCAAAAUGGCGAUCAGGAGGUUUGUAAAGCGGCGUGGCAGUCCGAUCGAGAUCCUUUCGGAUAACGGCACGAACUUUGUCGGUGCCAGUCGAGAUCUGCUGAAGGAAAUAAAUCUAGCAUGUGCGGAUACCUUUACCGGUGCGAGGACUCGUUGGACCUUUAACCCACCGGCUGCCCCACACAUGGGAGGUGCGUGGGAGAGAAUGGUGCGCUCGGUGAAAGAGGCACUAAAAACGUUCACAGAUGGUCGGAAGCUGACGGACGAGAUCCUGCAGACGACACUGAUCGAGGCGGAGAACCUGAUCAACUCUCGUCCACUCACCUACGUGUCCACCAACGUGAAGGAAGACAAGGAAGCGUUGACGCCGAACCACUUUUUGCGUGGUCGUUCAUCGGUCGAGUGUCUGCCGUCGAGGAAUCCCAUUGACCUGGCCAACACGUUGCGUAGUAGCUACCAUCGCGCACAGUUCUUGGCGGAUGGAUUCUGGGAUCGUUGGCAGAGGGAAUACCUGCCGAUGUUAAACAAGAGGUCUAAGUGGUUCGUGGAUCAGCGACAAGUAGCGGUUGGAGAUUUGGUGUUCGUGGCAGAUGGAGAGAAGCGAAACGUCUGGGAGCGAGGCGUGGUGAAGAAGGUGUUCGUUGGGAGUGACGGAAGAACCGGUAGCGAAGCUAGCCGUUCUGGAGGUCACUUCGAAGGAGUAAUCCCCGUACUGUUCCUGAUGGAACCAGCCACAGGGUUUACGGGCGGGGGAAUGUUGCCGUUGCAGUCAGGCCUGAAAGGGUUGCGGUAGCAUAACUACCGUGAACGCGCCCCUUUGAUGCGCCCGUUUUUGACGUUUCUUGCCGUCGCUGUAGCAGUGAGGCGCAUAUAUGAAUGUAUGCACACAGAGGUGCGAUAGUGAGUGGGAUAAGCUGAACACGGCCAUCGCUUUCGCACUACUUUGUUUUGUUUACCCCAGCAGCUGUUUUACCCCAGCAGGAGAGUAUAGACUCCAUCGCGAUAGAUGUGUUUUUGUUGUUGCGAAUUAUGUUUUGUGCCGAUUAUUGUACCUAGUAAGUUGUGUAAUUUGUAGUUUAUUAGUUUAUUUGUAGCUUUUUAAAUAUUGUGAAAUCAUAGAUUGUUCGCCACUGUUGUACCGCGGGAAGCAGAUAUGUUUGCAUUUAGUGUAUUACUGUUCAAUUACCGUAAGUUAAAUAUUAUGUAAAGGUGACAUGUUGUUCAGUGUCUUUUAUUUAAUUAAUUGAUAGGACCUCGCUAAGCCCACCGAAGGUAGAUUGGUAUUGAGGAGUUGCAGGCGUUGAAAAACUAAAUUGUAAGUGUCGAUUGUAAGUUUGUUUAAUGUAAAUAGUUUGUUAAUUUUGAAUAUAUUUUAGUUGAGUUUGUCCGUCAAAAGACCUACUUUUGAAAAUCGUUUUUCAUUCG